AUGAAGUUCCAAUUGUUAUCCAUCAUCACCCUGUUUGCUUGUUUAUUUACGACAACCAUCUUUGCCAAAGAAGAAAGUUCGGACCCUGAGAUCACACAUAAGGUGUAUUUCGACAUCAACCACGGCGAUGAAAAAAUCGGUCGUAUCGUCAUGGGUCUAUAUGGCCUCACCACACCUCAAACUGUGGAAAACUUCUACCAACUCACCAUUUCCAGGGAUCCAAAGAUGGGUUACCUGCACUCUAUCUUCCACCGUGUUAUUCCAAAUUUCAUGAUUCAAGGUGGUGAUUUUACCCACAGAUCUGGAAUCGGAGGCAAGUCUAUCUUUGGGAACUCCUUCAAAGACGAGAAUUUUGACGUCAAACACAACAAACCAGGUAGAUUGUCCAUGGCCAACCGUGGUAAGGACACCAACGGAUCGCAAUUCUUCAUCACCACUGUGCCAUGCCCAUGGUUAGAUGGCAAGCACGUUGUCUUUGGCGAAGUAUUAGAGGGCAUGGACGUAGUGAACUACAUCGAAAACGUCAAGACCGACAGCAGAAACAUGCCCGUGAAGGAAGUCUCUAUUAUAGAAAGUGGUGAACUGGAAACCGUCCCGUUAGGCAACGAGGACGCCGCCAAGCUGCAGGAAGAAAUCAAAGCGGAAGCCGAUGAGCAAGCCAGUGAAGCAGCCCACGAUGAGCUCUAA